UAGAUUAAGUGAAACGUGUGCUCGCAAAACUGCCUAUUGGAAAACAAUUUUCAGCCCAUAAGCUCAACUCUUCUCAUCAUGAAAGUUUGAAAAGCUUAAAAGAAUGUACUGUUACGGUCAAAAUCAUGAGCUGCGAUGACGUUAAGUGAUUCUUAACUGCUCAGAAUGACGGAUGAUUUGACUCCAAGUGUUGUGCUAAAAAACAACCGAUUGUCAAAACCUAAAGAUUAUGACGCAGAUAUUGCAAGUGGAAAAGCUUCACCGGAAAGCUGCGAAACAUCUAAGGACUGCGGCACAGAAAAGGAAGAAACCUUAGAGAAAGCCCAGUUCUCAGAUCCUUUGCAAAGCGGUAGUAAAGAUUCGGAUUCAGAGCCUGAAGAAGAUUCCCACGACAGAGGUGUCUACUUCGCAGAGACAGUAGACUUUCCGGAUAGCCCAUUACACUUGAAACUCUUGAAGAAACGAAACAGGGAAGCACAAGGUCUUGACACUGAAGACGAUGAUGAAGAAGAAUCAACGACAUUCUCCAUCAUGGGUAAAGGCCACCAUCACCCGCAUCGCUCCAGGAAGGAACGACCCAAAACUCUGAAUACGUCGAAUGCCCGGAACUCAGAUUCCAGAAGGAAAAUUACUGUUAAUCCGGAUGUUCUGACCUCUGAUGUGUUAAAAGACGUGGAUGAUGAUGAUCAAAAGAGUAUGGAUUCUCUCAGUAAUAAAAGUGAUGUGCUUUCACCACUGGAUGAUCUAGCUACGCCGGACGACAUUGAUACUCCAGAUGAUCUUGACGACGACCUGUUCGAUACAACAGAAGAAAUUCGUAUGGAUGGUAACAACUGGAAAUCCUGCAUUGUUGGAGGGGAAGAAAGAAAAAUUGACAUGAAAGUCAUAGAACCAUAUAAGAAGGUACUGUCGCAUGGAGGUUACAUCGGAUCUUCUAAUCUUGCUAUCAUUGUAUUCAGUGCAUGUUACCUACCAGACCGCAGCAGACUUGACUAUGAUUACGUCAUGGACAAUCUAUUUUUAUAUGUCUUGACAACGCUGGCUCAGCUAGUAGCAGAAGAUUAUGUUUUAGUUUACUUGCACGGGGCAACUUCAAGAAGCUGUAUGCCUGCUUUUGGUUGGCUAAAGAGAUGCUAUCAAAUGAUAGACAGAAGACUAAGAAAGAAUUUGAAAGGACUUUAUCUUGUCCAUCCCACCUUCUGGUUAAAAACCAUUGUUAUAAUGACAAAGCCAUUCAUAAGUUCCAAAUUCAGCAGAAAAUUGCGCUUUGUCAACAACCUACAGGAACUGGAAGAACUCAUUCCAAUGGAUCAUGUUUGUAUUCCUGACAGAGUUAAAGAGUUUGAUGAAAAGAGGAUUACGGUGGCUUAAAGCUUACUUGCAUAUAAUGCCAGGACCACCAUGGAGUAUUUCUCACUCAGUUACCAUUGUGGAUCAACUUCCUCUAUGCAGAAAUGUCUGUUCUGCACUAUUUUGAUCGACUCUGAAUAAUUACAGAAAUUCAUCCGUCAGAAACACCCAAAAAAUUACUUCCUGCGAACAAGCAAUGGGGUUCUUCAAUAAAAACGAAUGAUUUGUAACAAAUCCCAUGUAUCUUCAUAAGGAGCUUCAAAUAUAAACUCUAAUAACUACUUACUGAGGAAUUAAUCAGUGUGUAAAUUCGUGUAAAUGUAAAAAGUGAAUGACACUAAAACACCUAAGAAAGAAAUUUGCAAAUAUUUUUAAUCGGAAAUGCUAAUUAAAUGAUCAAAGUUGCCGGUAUAACAAGAUGAUAUACUUAUUUUCUCAUAUUCAGUGAGAUGGGUUCCCUUAAUCUAUUAUUUCACUUUUACAAGCACAAAGCAAAUGUUUACUAGAAAUCAGCUAAUGUAACAUUUCUUAGGCUCCUAAUGUAACACCAUGCAUCCCGCGAAGCAUCCUUAUUACUAGAUAUUGCAUUUUUUAGAAUGCUUAUUUAAAAAAAAAAAAAAAAAUUAUGAAGCUUUGUUACAUAUUGCUGUAUCGCAAAUUUGCAUAUAUGAAACGUAAAUUUUAAUGAUAUUUCUAGAGAAAAAUGAGUUCAUAUUAGCUGUCUAUCUGUUAGAUUUUUCUGAAGUGAUAUUCUUAAUUUUCAGUAAGGUUCUAAAGCUAUGAAAGCAUUUGUAGCUCGAAACUGUAAUAGAGGAUAAUUUGUCAACAAUCCCUCUUAUUCGAAUGUUGUUUUUAUACUUGCAGCUUUGUAGCAGAACUGUAUAAUAAGAAGCUUUUUGUGUAUAUAUGCAUAAAAUUAGGCGAAAAAUUGUAUAUUUUGAUGAAAUAAUUAUGUAGUCUUUGUAAAAACAAAAGACAAUAGACUCCGUCUCAAUCGACAUUUAGUGAAAUGACAUAUAAUACGUUUUGAACAAUAAACGACGAAACAAAUGUAUUGUAAAAUGACAAGUACGAAGCCAAAUAGUUUUGAUCCCAAUGUAUCGAAUAAUAAACGUUCCACAAGAAAUGAACAUUUCGUAUGGAAAUGUUCAUUUCAUUUCAUAUUAGCACGCAGUAUAAAGAAGUACAGGCAAAUUAAAAUCUGUUUCUAUAAUUUCAUUCCCUAUUUGAGUAAAAAUUAACGAGAAGUACACAGGAAUAGGAAAUACUUUAUUAAUAUCAAGUGAAUGGAAAAUUGCAAAUUUUACACGUUUAUGAAAAUCAUUCUUUGAUAACCCAAUCAAUCAAUAUUUUGAUUUUAUUUAUUCUUAAAAUGAGAUCUCCCAAAAUUAUAUUAUUUUACUAACUACUUUUAGCUCAUAGAUCUUUUUCCAUUGUAUAAUAUUGAAGAGUUGAUAUGCGGUCUUUUUAAUUGAAAUUAUAUACUUCAGUAUAAGUUAUAACUGUUGCAGGUUUCAUUUGGGUAAGGUAGAUGCAGUAAAAUUGUAGCAUUGUUUAAAGAAUAUUAAUUCGUCGUUCUCCAUGGGUUAUAUGCUUUUCUAUCAGCUGGGAGAGAAAUAAAGUACAAUCAAAUUAAUUGAGUAUGCAUUUUCACACUUAUGUUAACGUAACAUUUCUUGAUUUAAAAUCCUUUUACUUACAUUGUGCGAUAAACACAAAUACCUGAGAAAAAUUUGCUCUCGCAUAAUUAAUAAUGCUCUACGCAUUCAUUAAGACACAUGUAUACGACAUAACUGAAGACCAGAAAAGAAAAAAAAAAAAAAAAAAGAAUAUAUUGUAUUAAGAUUUAAUGCUGUCGUAUCAGUUUAAUAAUGCACGGAUAGAAGCACAAAUAUCAGUUUGAAAUUUAAAACUUCGCCAAAUACAGACUCAGAUCGACAUUGAUUUUAUAGAAAACUAGUCGUUUCAGAGGAGCUGCCUAGCGCAAGGUACUGUUUUAUUCAAGAGUUUUUUUAAAUUAUUACUAGUUUUAACGUUAAUUUUUAAAAAUACGAAAUGCUAAACUGGAUAGGUGGAAUUAGCAAGGAAAGCUAUCGGACUUCUUGAUGACGAUCGACACAAAAUAUUUAGUGUAAAGAAACAAAUCUAGUCGUCCGCAGCACCCACAACAGGGUGUAAAAGUGGUGCACGCGCACACAACAUUUGCAGCCACAGACUGUCAAAUGUAAUGCAUCUACGAGGUUUGAUGUAUUUUAUUUCAGCCGAUCUUAUGUAACGCGUUUUCAAGAAUGUAAUAUAAUGUAACUUGCAAAUUCGUGCUACUUUGUGUUCCAUUGCACGACGUGCCUCAAAAAUCGUGCCCCCUUGUUUUGGUGCUGUUUGGCACUUUUGGGCCAGUUGUUGCUAAGAGCUUUUGUUUCUGUCUGCAUUAGGAAUUCCGGUACAAAGCAUUUAUCUGUGUACGGACUGAAACCGAAUUCCUAUGUUUGAUACUUCUGCGUCACCUCCGUUACUAAUAUCUGUGACACAACACAAGGAUUACAAGUUAUGUGGCCAAUCAUACAACAUACUUAUUACUUUCCAGCAUUACUUAUCAGUAAUCCAAGAUAACCGCGUUUUGCAUCACGCUGCUCAUGCCACCUGUCAGGAAAACAUAUUAUCACACAACGAUGUUUUAGCCCUUCUGUGCAUACAUUUGUCAAACUAGUAAAUAGAACUAGUUAAAUUGAAAAAUAUUUUCUCAAAUAGUCUCAGAAAUACGAAAUAUCACAAUACAGCUUGGUUAUUCAAGAUAAAGAUCAGAAACACAAAUAGUUCAAAAGUAUCAAAAUUAGCUGGACAACAAUUUUUCCUUAAAUCUUUAGAAUAGGAAACUAAGGAAACUGUCUCAAAUGGGUUAGAAAGACAAACCAUCGUAUUUUAAAAGCCCCAAAUAUAAUAAACAGAUACGAGGACAGCAGAUCUAGCUAAUAUUACUAGGGAGCGGUAAAAUGAAAAAGUUAAGAAAAAUAAGACAAAAAAUUUCAAACAUUAAACUAGGAAUUAGACCAAAAAAUUUAACAACUCAAAUGAUUUACAGAGUCUCCAUUACUUCUGUCACGAUAACAAAACAAAAAACCACCAUCAACACCAUUUCCAAGUACAAAUUAAAGUACAACUUCUUUCCCUUACGAAUAUACUUAUCGCAAUGUCCAAUAAACAAAAAUAAUUACACGCAAGCAUGGAUAAGAAAUUUUGUUCAUGACAUAUUACAAAAAUUAAAGCAAAACUUUUUUUUUUUUAGAACAUUGGUGUUAUCAAUACAUAUCUUUAAACUUUGCAAUUUAUGUUCUAUUUUAUAUUAGUGUUCAAAUUUCUAGCUUAUGUGGAUAGACAUUUAUUAAACACAACAAAUACUCUAAAGAGAAAGUGAUGACCUGCUGUUUGUAAACAAUUAUUUAAAGCCCCCAAAAAGGUGAAAAUGAUCCAAUGCUUAGCCAGAUAUUCCGGAAGAUAAGAGAACAAAUAAUAUGGCACGUGCAUUUUCCCCGGGAAACACUACAAUAUCUGAAUUUUGUAUAAAUUAUUUUCAAAUGCUCUGUGCCAUAACAAUAAAGUCUUUUUUUCAACUGUAUUGAAAAAGUAAUGGGAAACCUAAUACAGCGUAAAAUAAAUGAGCAGAGGCAUGCGCCAGUUAAAUUUGUCAUAUAUUACGGUCCAGUUAAUUAUUCGAAAUAUGAAAAAUGCAGUGAAUGUCUGUUUCUGAGAAAAUUAUUAUUUCCACUUCAAUUAUGUCGAAUACAUGUGAUGAUUAUUCAAAAUGUUUCUAAAUUUAUAUGAAAUAAAUUACUUGUAUAAGAAAUCUAAAUUAUCGCAAUUCAUAAUUUAAUUGAAACAUUUUAUAAACAUACUUAAAUUGGGAAGAUUCAGAGAUAUUUAAGAUUUGCUUGAUGUUAUUCAUCAAAUUGCACACCAUUCUCUUUAAUGAAUGUUUUGUAAUUCCUGUUGUAAACAGUGAACUGUAGCUAAAACAAAACUUUGGAAAGUAGACCUUGUAUAAAGGAAGUCAAAACUUGAUGUGCAGCACUUCCUUAUUAAAGGUGAUGCAGAAAAUAAUAGUAGUACUACUAUAAUACUACUACUAUUAGUAAUAAAAAAGAAAGUUUUUUUCGGAAGACGGCAAAAAAGAAAAAUUCCAUACAUAUCAGCAAAUGCAAUGCUAACACUUACUUAAUUUCCUUUAACCAAAAGAGCAACUCAAAGGAUAUAACAAAAAUCUAUUUAUAGUCACCUUAAUUAUUGUUUUGUAAUAUACAAAUCAAAUCCAGUCUGUUCUUGUGAAUUCUGAAUUCUCCCAAAGACAAAAUUACGUAUCUAAGUAUUUCUGCAAAACUGAUUUUAAAGUUCUAAGUUGAGAAAAUAAUGAUACAAAAGAAUGAAAUCAAAAGUUUUUUUUUUUUUUAAACGCUACUUAAUAUUUUAAUACAAACACACAAUUUUAUCACUUCAAAAUUACUAUUUGGGACACAGUGAAUUUUACAUUAACUGAAAGAGUAACGGCCAGUGCUAGGCAUUUUGCCGCCCAUUGCAAUUUCUAUGAAUUCCACUGCCCAGUGACCUUGAGUUCUUGACUCUAUAAAUUCUAAAAGUUUUAGGUCCCUAAAUUCUGGUGUCUAGUGCCUCCCUUAAAUUCUAAAAAUCUGCCAUUCCCAAAUUAUGCUACUUGGUGCUUCUUAAAAUUCUGCCACCCGGUCCUGAUUCGAAGUAUUAAAUUGCUCAGAUGGCAAGCAGUAGUAAAUGCUAAAAUUACCAGAUGUCUAGUAAAAAUUAUGAAAUUUGCUUAAAUUAUCAGAUGUCUAUUCAAAUAUUAUGAAAUUUGCUAUAAUUACCAGGUGUCUAUUAAAAAUUAUGAAAUUUUUAAAUCAUCAUCAUCAAUCUUGUGUAAAUAACAAUAAAAUACUCUAAAUGAAAAAUAAAUUGCGAACUUUAAUUACAGAAAUCUACGAAUUUUACUACAUAAUACUAUGCAUUCAUCAGUUUAAAACUGUUUAGAACCUUCAGUUGCACAACAGACAAAUAAGAAAAUAUAAAGACAUAAUCACCAGUGUGUAAAUGAUUUUUGAAACCUGCGUCUUAUAUUCACUAUACUUAGAUGACAUAUUUAUCCUCAGUAUAUUAUUUUAUCUUUUAGCUGAAUGAAUGUUGGAUAAUUUUUCAAGUAUGGCAUUGUAUCCAAACGUAAACUUACUUACACUUUUUGGUUACUGAUUAUAUAACUUAUGGAUAAUGUAAUCAGUUUGUGAAGUAUGUUAAUGAAGUAAAAUAAAUUUUAAAUUUGUAAA